GUUGCCAACUGUUGAAGUCGAGCAGAGGACGGGAAAGGCCGUAGUUGCUUUAGGAGACGCUCUAGGCAGGAGCAGUAAACGAGGGAGCCUAAUAGGGCUUUGGCAUUGCCUCUCUGGGAUGCAGCCGUGUCUGGGAAGGCAAGAGGAAUCUGUGGUGGGAGCGACUUGCAGCUGCUCUUCUUCGCCUCAGAAGCCCUGAGGGAGGGGAGCCUCGCCCACUUCUCCCCUGAAAACGGGAAAGGGGCGGGGCGACUGGGUGGGGGAGGGUCCGCCGUAACCGAAGGCGGCGGCCUCGGAGGGAGUUUCCCCCGUUGGGGCUGCGCUGAAGCCGGAGACGGAAUGGAGGCUCGGGGGUUUCCCCUUCAGGCGGGCGGCGGCCUUCCCGAGGAGCCCCGCAGCCCCGAGGCUGAGCGCUGUCGCUUCCGCAGCUGCGUCUCCCGGGAGGCCGAGGGGCCCCGGGCGCUUUGCAGCCGCCUGUACGGGCUGUGCCGGGGGUGGCUGCGGCCCGAGCGGAGCAGCAAAGCCGAGAUGCUGGACCUGGUGGUGCUGGAGCAGCUGCUGGCCCUGCUGCCCCCGGAGCUGGCGGGCUGGCUGAGGGAGUGCGGGGCGGAGAGCUGCGCCCAGGCGGUGGCCCUGGCCGAAGGCUGCCUCCUCGGCCCCGCAGCCGCCCCGGAAAAGCUGGCAAAGGGCCGGCAGUUGCAGGAGCCAUUCAUUGGGGAGAUCUCAGCAGAGCUCCAGGGAAGAGGAGAUCCGUCCAAUGAUUCCGAAGAGAUUCUUUUCAGGAGGAUCCAACUGGAACCACCUUGCCAAGUAAGUGACUCUGAUCCCUUUGAGGAGGUGGCUAUGGACUUCACAGAGGAGGAGUGGGCACUGCUGGAUUCCGGCCAGAAGGCCUUGUGCAGGGAAGUCAUGCUGGAGGUUUCUAUGAAUUUGGCCGCUUUGGCAGGUGAUGGUGACAGUGAUGAGCUGGGGAAUGAGGAUGAAAAGCAGCCACCAUUAUUGACACUGCAAAAAGCACCAUCUGCCAAGAGUCAUGCCUUCUCUUUUACAUCACCUAACAUACCGCAUUGGAAACCACACAGAUUUUCAGAAUAUGAGGGGGAUUUCAGUCUAAGCAAAAUGAUGGAAUUUUGCAUGAACUGUGGAAAGAGCUUCAUUAGCACAAGUAAUCUAAAUUGCCAUCAGAGGAGCCACAUAGAUGAGAGGUUAUGUACAUGUCCAGAAUGUGAAAAAAGCUUUUGCCAGAAACCAGAGAUGAUUUGUCCUAAAAUGAUCCACACAGGGUACAGACCAUAUAAUUGCCUGGAAUGUGGAAAGAGCUUUUUUGAGAACAGUGAUCUUACUCGACAUCAAAGGAUCCACACAACGGACAAACCCUAUAAAUGCUUGGAAUGUGGAAAGAGCUUCACUCAAAAAGGAAAACUUAAUUCUCAUAAAAAGAUCCACACUGGAGAGAGACCGUAUAAAUGUAUGGAGUGUGGAAAGACGUUUAUUGACAACUGGCACCUUACUUUCCACCAAAGGAUGCACACAGGGGAAAGACCAUAUAAAUGCUUGGCGUGUGGAAAAAGCUUUAACUGGAGCAAAGAUCUUAUUCGUCACGAAAGGAUCCACACAGGGGAGAGACCAUAUAAAUGCUUUGAGUGUGGAAAGACUUUUGCUCAGAAAGGAUGUCUUACUGGUCAUGAAAGGAUCCACACAGGGGAGAAACCAUAUAAGUGCAUAGAGUGUGGGAAAAGCUUUGCUCAAACAGUACAACUUAAUGCUCAUAAAAGAAUGCACACGGGGGAGAGACCGUAUAAAUGCUUAGUAUGUGGAAAAAGUUUUAAUUGGAGCAGAGGUCUAAUACAUCAUGAAAGGAUCCAUACUGGGGAGAGACCAUAUAAAUGCACAGAGUGUGGAAAAAGCUUUUCUCAAGCAGCACAUCUUAGUACUCAUAAAAAGAUCCACACAGGGGAGAGACCAUAUAAAUGUUUGGUGUGUGGUAAGAGUUUUGCUCGGAAAGGAUGUCUUGCUGGUCACGAAACAAUUCACACAGGGGAUAAACCAUAUAAAUGCACAGAAUGUGGAAAGAGCUUUGCUCGGACAGGACAUCUUUAUUCUCACAAAAGGACCCACUCAGUAGAAAAACCAUAUACAUGCUUGGAGUGUGGAAAAAGUUUUAACUGGAACAGAGAUCUUACUCGUCAUAAAAGAGUCCAUACAGGGGAGAGACCAUAUAAAUGCAUAGAGUGUGGAAGAAGCUUUGCUCAAAUAGGGGCACUUAAUUCCCAUAAAAGAAUCCACAUGGAGGAGGGACCAUAUAAGUGCAUGUAGUGUGGAGAAAGCUUUAACAAUUACAAGACAUUUACUCGUAAAAGAAUCCACAUAGAAAUUCCAUAUUAAUGGAGGGUGGAAAUAAUUUUACUGGGAAAGAACAUCUUACUCGUCAUGAAAGGAUCCACGCUGGGAGGAAACCUUCCAAAUGGACAAAGUGGAAGGGCCUCCAGUAGAAACUCUUAUCUGACUCACCAUUAGAGGAUCCACACAGGAGAAAAAUCAUGUAAAUGUAGGGAGUGUAGAAAAAGCUUUCCUUUGGAAGGAUACCAUAAUUCUCAGAAAAGAAUGCCCACAGAAGAAAUGAUAUAAAUUAAUGGAAGAUGCUUCAGAGCAACCUUUCUGGUCCCAAAUACUGGAAUUCAUUCAGAGCAGCCAGGUGUUCCCUUUCCUAAUUUGACCUGCAUUUUUCUUCUCCCUAUGGAAAGACUGAUGCAAAAUAAGAAAUUAAGCCCUUCAGCCCAUCUUACUAUCUUCCAACCAGAGGACUGAUGGCUUCUUUGACUUCCCUCUUAAUUUACUGACCCCCUCCCCCCUGUAAAACAGAAAUGGAAUCUUCAUCAUUAUUCUAGUCAUUGUCUAUCCGCUGCAGGAUGAAGAUUUGUUCUGCAUGUUUCCAAACCAAUAUGGUCUUGAGAUUUGCUUUGCUAUUUGGGUCUGCAAUAGUUGUUGAUGUUGUCACUAUGGCUUGUUGUGCCUCUCUUGUGGACACUUUUUAUCAUGUGGAAUCCAUUCUAUGACUGCCUUUAUCCACUAGUUCUUGCAUUUGCAUUUCUAUUCUUUUACUCUUUAGAAGAUAUCGUAUAUUUUCAUUUAUUCUCCAGUCAAUGUCUUUCUAUCUUGUCUUGUGAUGCUGAGCAUGUAUCUGAAAUUGCAUAAAUUUACCAAAUUUAGAAAGGAUUUCAAUCUGCAGAUCAGUGGAGGGUUGCUCCCGGUUCGGUCCGGUUCUAUAGAACCAGUAGUAAAACCGGUGGGAGGCUCCGCCCACCCAUCACAUAAUGGGUGAUCUGCACAGGAGCUUAGCGAGCGUGCGUGCACGUUCCCGUUGCGAACCGGUAGUAAAGGUAAGUGGGACCCAACCCUGCUGCAGAUGUUAGUUCCCACAAAAUAGUGUUUGUGUUUCUUCCCUUUAGCUAAAGAAAUCUUGUCAUUUCCUUUUAUCUUCUGACCAAGUUGAAGGAGUGAGAUCGGCCCCAGAAAGAUCAUCUCCUUUUGAGUAGUUGCCAACGCAAUUCUUCUUCACCAACAUAUUUUGGAGAAGAAACUUUAUACUCUUGGAACCUUAUUAAUAAACUCUUAUAGCAUGUAAUUUUC